AUUUUUUCCAAAUUUGGAAAAGAAAAGGAAGGGACAGGGUCGAACAAUAUUCAGAAAAUUCCCUUGUUUAACUCCCGAACUCACAUUUACAUCCUCAACCCAACAUACACCUUAAAUUUAGAAACCAACUAAAAUUUUUGGAACCAUUUAUCAGGGAAACAAAGAACAAACCAAAUACAUCACAAAACAAAAGAAAAAAGAAGCGAAAACCUUGAGACUAGGCUAUACCAAAACUUUUGGUUUUUGGUAUACUUUUUCUUAUAGGUGCAAUAUGACGAUUCCAUCGCUAGGCCUGUGGGCGUGUCUGGUCUUCCAUGCCAUGUUGUUGCUUAUUGUCCAUGCAAAUGCAAAUGCAAAUUUCUCGUUUGGGCAUGCGCUUCGUCCAGUGCACAGGCAAUUAGGUGCGCAGACUACUACUAAGCGUCACCGCCCGCCGUUCAAGCCCGGCCCUUGGAAGACUGCUCGUGCCACUUUCUAUGAGGGCGGCUCGGGAACGUUCGGAGGUGCAUGUGGGUACGAGGACGUGGAAAAGGAAGGGUAUGGGAUGGCGACCGUAGCGGUGAGCCCGGCGCUGUUCAACAACGGCCAGACUUGCGGCGCCUGCUUCGAGAUCAAAUGCGUUGAGGAUCAGCAGUUGUGCAAGCCCGGGCAGCCGUCGCUCGUUGUAACGGCCACCAACCACUGCCCUCCCAAUCACAACCUUGCCAAUGACGAUGGCGGAUGGUGCAAUCCCCCGCAAGAGCACUUCGAUAUAGCCAAGCCUGCUUUCCCCAAUAUUGCAGACUACAAGGCUGGCGUUGUUCCCAUCAACUACCGCAGGGUUCCGUGCAAAAAGCAAGGAGGAAUUCGAUUCACAAUAACUGGGAAUCCAUACUACAACGAAGUGUUGGUGUGGAACGUGGGAGGGGCUGGAGACGUGACCAGCGUCCAAGUGAAGGGCCACCGCAAGCUCAAAUGGACCACCAUGACUCGUAUGUGGGGUCAGAAAUGGACCACCAACGCCAUGCUCGUCGACGAGUCCCUCACCUUCCGAGUCCGAACCAGCGACGGCCGGUUCUCAACUUCUUGGCAUGUCGCUCCCUCCAAUUGGCAGUUUGGCCAGACCUUCGAAGGCAAAAACUUCAAGUAAUUACUCGAAAAUACUCGACUCCAGUCUCUUUGCCAGUUAAAGCUCAUCUAUUUUGUACUGACAGUCGUUUAAUAGCUUGACAAUUAGGAAACAAUAAUGAGUUGUCAAGUAGUCGGUAAACCUUUUGUUACCUUUUUGUGUACUUGCUAUUUCUUUACUAUUUUGUUAACAAUAUAAUGGUUAGUUGCAUUAUUCUGCC